AGAAAAAAAAAAACAAAAAAAAAAGUGUGUGUAUUGUUUUGUAUAAAGUGGUGUAAAUAGUGUAAGCCUUAACGCUGUCACUUCCCCAAAUGUUUGACAAGAAUAUGGAUACAGCGUUGUCAUCAUCAUUACAUAUUGGUGAUUUAGACUCGACUAGUUCCGGCGGCACAUCUUCAGAUAAUUCAACCGUUAUACAGGAUAAUAUGCAUUCACCCAUACAAUAUGGUUGUCUCAUACCAAACUCAAAUUACCGUGGCAAUAUCUCUUGUAAAACUGUGCUACACUUCGACAAGUUCUCCGCCUACGCCAAUGAUAAGGAGAUCGAGCGAAGAUUCGGCGAUAUCACAAGUGAUUAUGUUAGAUCGCCGCCACCUACCGCCGCAUGCUCGCCCCUCUAUCCCGCAAUGAAUGGUGUCAUAUAUGAAAAUGGCAUUGGUGAUCUUAAUGGAAAUACGAAAACAAUACACGCCAGUGAGUCGUUGCACAGUAUUAGUCGCACAACAACGGCGGGCUUAAAUGGGGGCGGCAGUCAACUGUUACCCAGUAUAGGUGGCGCACAUGGCAUGCCAGGUGGAUUUCAAUUGGAUCGUAAAUUUUUACAAUUCACCACCGAUCAGAUACAAUGCAUGUGUGAAGCGCUACAACAAAAAGGUGAUAUCGAAAAAUUAACCACCUUCCUGUGUAGUCUACCCGCCAGUGAAUUGUUUAAGACAAAUGAAAGUGUCUUGCGUGCACGCGCGCUUGUCGCCUAUCAUCGCGGUCAAUUUCACGAACUCUACAAUCUCUUGGAGACACAAUGUUUUUCAGUGAAAUAUCAUGUGGAUUUACAAAAUCUCUGGUUUCAAGCACAUUACAAAGAAGCGGAAAAGGUGCGCGGUCGACCAUUGGGUGCUGUGGAUAAAUAUCGCCUGCGUAAGAAAUAUCCAUUGCCAAAAACCAUAUGGGAUGGUGAAGAAACGGUUUAUUGUUUCAAGGAGAAAAGUCGGAAUGCGUUAAAAGAUUGUUACAUGACAAAUCGCUAUCCGACGCCGGAUGAGAAGAAAACGUUGGCGAAAAAGACCGGUCUAACGUUGACACAAGUAUCGAAUUGGUUCAAAAAUCGAAGGCAGCGCGAUCGGACACCACAACAGAGACCUGAUAUCAUGUCAGUGCUGCCUGUUCAACAAUUGGAUACCAACGGUUUCCCGCGUAUGUUCAAUGCCCCCAGUUACUAUCCGGAAUCCAUUUUUAACACACAAUAACAUAAGAUUUUACAGUUUUAAAAAUACCAUGUGUUCUUUUGUUCAUAAGAACACUGACAUUGGCUUAAUUUAUUACUUAUGUAUGUAUGUAAUUUUGUAAAUAAUUAAACUAAAAAAAAAGAUACCAAAAUCGGUAUAAGAAGUCCAUUGAAAAUGGCGCAUUAGCAUAAAUUGUUUUUAGAACUAAGUUAAAUUUU